CAAUCAGUGCUUGCUGGUUUAUACAGUUCCGAGGGUUCUGUCAUGGAGCGGCAUCACCUGGCACAGAGCAUGUGCAUCCUCAACACAGAUGGCAGUAACUUGUUUGAGAAUCUUUCUAGCAAGGAGUACCAGACGGUUCUAGAUUUGAUGAGACAGAUUAUUCUAGCCACAGAUUUGGCUCAUCAUUUGGGAAUUGUCAAGGAGCAGGAGCAGCUAGCAGAACGAGGACACUUUGAGAAAACCAGCUCCAGGGACAAAACUUUACUGCUAUGUCUGCUGAUGACAGCCUGUGAUUUGUCUGACCAAACCAAGAAUUGGCACAACACAAAACACAGCGCUGCUCUGAUCUACCAAGAGUUUUUCUCUCAGGGUGACCUAGAAAAAGCACUGGGGAAAAAACCACUUGAAAUGAUGGAUAGAGAGAAAGCAUGUGUUCCUGACUUGCAGAUUUCCUUCCUCGACAACAUUGCUUUCCCAGUUUAUAGGAUCCUGGCUAAGAUGUUUCCUGAGGCCGAGACCCCACUGAAGAACGUAGAGGACAAUCGCAAGCACUGGGUACACAUUGGACAACUACUGAAGCUUCGUCAUGGCAACUCUACUCAAACAAUGACCGUUGAACAGAUCAUUUCAAUAGAAGAAGAGGAGUUGCCUGACUGUAGUAGAGGACAAAUCAUUGACUUAAAGUCCUAG